AUGCCAAGUGAAGCAGCAGAGCCGCACGCCGUCCAGGGCGCCGUGGAUCAUCACGACAAGGAGAACAAGUUCCAGCAAGCAAUCGCUUCAUGGCGGAGCGUCGAUCUAAGCUCCCUCAUCUCGACCCUCGACACAGCCGCCUCGGAUCUUGUCACCCACCAGCGAGAUACUUUGGUACAACGCAAGGAGCUUGCUCAAAAGACCAAAGACUUCCGCAAACUCGAAGACGCCGCCAAACUUGGCGAGAUCAAAGCGCUGCUCAAGUCGUACCAGUCCUUCAUCGACCUCAUCUCCAACCAGUCAAAGUCGACUCAGUCAGCCUUCCUCCAGAUCUACUCGCCCCUGUCCGAAGCCCCCGAUCCGUACCCACUGCUCGAAGCCUCGAUUGACUCUUUUGUCACCGCUCAAGAAGUCGUCCCCAAGCUAGAGUCCGAGAACAAACACUUGCAGUCAACUGUCACCAAAUUGACAGCACAACUAGAGGAAGCCGAGUCUCAGCUGGAACAAGAGCGCUCCACCAGACAGUCCUCACAGUCGAGUCAAGAUACAAAGAUCAAGGAAGUUGAGGCAUCAUGGAACGCUGUCCUGAAAGAGAAGCAAGACAAUUGGGACGCACGGGAGAAGAGCUUGGAAGAAAAGGUCGAGAAUCAAGACCGCCUGCUGAAGGAGCUCAAGGCCAGCUACGAUGUCGCUCAACGUCUAGGCAAAGCCGAAGACGAUACAUCAAACACUCUACACGGCGCAUCGCAGCAGGAGCUCGAUCUGGUCAACCAGGAACUCGAAAAGGCAAACCUCCGUCUAUCUGAGCUGGAAGGUCGCAACGAGCAGCUUCGCCUUGACCUCGCCCAGUCGACCUCAAACCAGAGCUCAUCUCAAACCGCCGUCUCGGUCGAAGACGACCCUGCGUUCCUCCGCCUACGCUCUGAAAACUCUCAAUUGCUACGAAAGCUCGAUGCACAACGCUACGAGAAGGACUCGUUAAAGACAAAGUGCGACUCAAGUGUCAGAUCACUGGAACGGGAGCUGGAAUCCCUGAAGCAGGACCGUGAAAGUAUCAAACGCAAGCUGGACAAAUGCAGCGACUAUGACGAGGUCAAGCAAGAGUUGGACAUGCUCAAGUCAAUCGAGUUUGCAACGGGUGAUGCAGAUGACUCGGACCGCGAGACAGAUGCUCCUCCCAUUACUGAGAAGGGCGAGUCUCUGGAGAAGCUGCUGCUUGCUCGCAACAAAAAGCUCUCCAACGAGCUGACCAUCCUCCGUGUCUCGCACAACGAUCUCCAGUCUCGUCUUGAGACGCUGCAAGAAGACCUGUCCAGCACGAACAUGGAGUUGGAGAAGUCGCGCAACCUCACUCAAACACUCGAGGAGGAUCUGCUGCAAGCUCAGAACGAAGCCACCAACGCUUUCGACCCCUCGGCCAUGUCUGUAGCAGGCACAUACACGUCUCGCUACCCAAAGUCCUCGUACGCCGCUUCCAUUCGUCGUGGAGCGAACACUUCUCCCACGUCUUCCAUCAUUUCUGGCUUUGACACCGGCACCUCUUCACCCAGGGGACUGGAUUCGUUACGCCUUGAAGCCCCUAACGCUGGCAUCCUGCCAAUGGUCACUGCUCAACGUGAUCGCUUCAAGGCCAAGAUCAGAGAGCUCGAGACGAAUCUGCAGGAGCAGUACACUCUGGUCUCUUCUUUGCGCUCCGAGAUUGCCAGCCUGCAAAAAGACAAUCUGUCCCUGUAUGAGAAGAGCAGAUACGUCAACAGCUACAACACAAAGGGCGGUGCCACCUCUGGCUAUUCGUCCACAAAUCCGAGUACCAUCACAAUCGAUCGUGGCAACUCAGGCACCGAUGCUCGCUACAAGUCCGCCUACGAAAACUCAAUAUCUCCCUUUGCCGCUUUUAGAAGCAAGGAAACCAGCCGUGCCUUCCAAAGACUGUCACUACCAGAGAGAGCAGUAUUGCAAGCGUCCAGGCUUGUCCUUGCAACAAGGACGAGCAGAAAUAUGUUUGCCGUCUGGGUUACAGGGCUCCAUCUUCUGGUCUUUGUUAUGUUGUUCUGGAUGGGCGGAAGCAGCGAUACACCACAUCUGGCUCAUACUGUUGCCGCUGGUAACGCCGCAAUAGCUGGCGCAAAAGUAGCUGCGGCGCAAGGAGGUUCUGGAGGAUCAGGUGCGAAAUGGGAACAACCCGGUUUCGGAGACACGUAA